AUGUUUGAAAUCAACCAACAGAACAUACCAUUUGUGCGAACGCGCCAGGCACUAUUUGUGCUCGAUCUUCAAAAUGACUUCGUUUCGACUGGCGGAUUAUUACCCGUUGACACCCCUUCCGAUUUCAUAGAAAGGAUACUUAAGCUCGUUCCAGCAUUCAGAGACUCGGGAAACAACAUAAUAUGGAUUCAAACCGUGUUCGAGGCAUCUCGGGCAAUCAAUGGGAGCCAAGGAGACAGCGAGAGUGUUAUAACAGAUGACCAGCUCUUGGCACCACAUCGUCGCGAUGGAAGCAGAGUGUCAGGCCCUCGAGGACCAUCUCCCAAGCUUCUUGAGCUCCAACGCAAGAUUGCUUUGUCCAAUGGCCGAGCCUUGCAGUCAAGCCAUGGUUUGGAGGUGGACGACGAGGUCGACGUAGACGAGAUCCAGGAGACGUUCCUGACUAUUCCAGAAGGCCGAACACCCCGCGUGGCAAUUCAAUCGUCCCUGGGAAGCAACUUCACCAAUGCUGUGAGGCUGGCAGUUGACUGCGACAAGGAUUUGAUCUUUACGAAGUCAUAUUACUCAGCUUUCCGGGACGGGAAUCUGGUACAGGUCUUGCGAUCUCAGUUCGUCACAGAGAUAUUCUUGGUCGGAUGUCUGACGAACAUCAGCGUCUUUGCAACUGCAAUGGAUGCUGCUCAAUAUGGUUACGCCAUUACCAUCGUCGAGGAUGGACUGGGGUAUAGAUGCAAAGCCAGGCAUGACGAGGCAUUGAGGAAAUUGACCGAGGCUACUGGCUGUGAUAUAGUGCAGAGCGAGGAGAUUAUCGGAGACUUGCAACGAAAGAAAGUGGAGCAACAGCCAAUACCUCCGCAAAGAAAUCCACGUAGGCGUGAUAAUGGCGGCAACUUGGAAGGACUGAUGGCUAAUCUGAAUUUGAGACCUGACGGAUCAUCAAACACGAAACCGCCUACAAAGUCAACUGGACCGCCAGUAAUUGCGGCUGCAGAAAAUGGUGGAACCGUCACCAACGAGUCACCACCCGCCCAAGAUGAAGCUGAAGGAAUCAAGAGAGAACGAGUCAAAACAAGGAUCAAGACCCGAAGGCGGCAUUCAAAGUCUAAAACCAAAGCGAUAGGAGCAGAUGGAGAUAAACAUCCCUCAAAAUCCGAAAAUGGACGUAUUUCUCCAGUUUCCGCAACCCUUCAUGGUGCAUCCGAAAUUCUUGAGAAGAUGCCGAAACAAGGAGACGCAGAAGUCCCAUUACGGGCACUCACACCUAUUCCAGACGCCUCCUCUGAAGCUGCAUCGGUUGUCUACACUGAAGGGCAGACGGUCGAAAUUGAAGAAAUGAACGAGAUGGAUGGCAAGCAAUCAAGGCCCGACAGCCCGACUUCAAGCCAUGAGAAUCAGUUCGAUGCUUCUGAUAUCGUUGUGCCAACCACUAUCUGUGAGGGCGACACUACUGUAAUCGAAAAUCUCCUGCAUGAGGAGCUGUUAGAUGGAAUUUUUGAAAGGCUUCGCGACGAGGUGAGAUGGCAAAAGAUGUCACAUCUAGGUGGAGAUGUCCCACGACUCGUUGCUGUCCAAGGAGACGUGGCCGAGGAUGGCAGUAUUCCAAUCUACCGCCAUCCAUCAGAUGAAUCGCCUCCUCUUCUACCAUUCUCGCCAACAGUAUCGUUGAUUCAAGCCAGGGUAGAGCAAAGUCUUGGGCAUCCGGUUAAUCAUGUUUUAAUUCAAUUUUACCGAGAUGGGAUGGACUAUAUUUCAGAGCAUAGCGACAAGACUUUGGAUAUUGUUCCCAAAACAUACAUUGCCAAUGUUAGUCUCGGCGCGCAGAGAACUAUGGUGUUCCGAACCAAGAGACUACCGAAGAACCCGAAUAAUCAGGAGGUUUCUGAAGCUCCUGCGCCCCGCCAGUCGUGCAGAGCUCUACUUCCACACAAUUCUAUGUGCAAAGUCGGCCUAGUCACCAACAUGAGAUGGCUGCAUGGCGUUCGACAAGAUAAGCGCACGACAAGUGAGAAGUCCCCCGAAGAGCUGGCUUUUGACGGUGGUCGCAUUUCUCUGACUUUCAGACAAAUCGGUACCUUCCUGGAUAAAGACGAGACUAAGAUCUGGGGCCAAGGUGCAGUUGCCAAAUCAAAAGCAGAAGCCAGGGCCGUUAUCAACGGAGAGACUGGUGAAUCCAACAAGAUGCUAAAAGCCUUUGGAAAGGAGAAUCAGACUGCCGAAUUUGAUUGGGCCGAGUCUUAUGGUCAAGGCUUUGAUGUCCUCCACAUCUCCAAUAACCCGAAAUUAUUCUUAUCCGGCGAUGCUGUUGCUGAUCUAAGGGUUAAGCUUUCUCUGGCUCGGCGGAAUAUUUCUUGGGCAGAAGGAAAGCUCUCGCCAUCUUUUAACUGGAAAGAUGCCAGUAGCAACGAUGCUUCUCCAGUUCCCGAAUACCUGCCCGUCAAAUUCGUGGACUCCGACUCCAGCAAGUCAACGAUCUCCGGCGAUCUCGCAAUCAUGCUGUACCUAGAUUCCGUCUACGAUCAAAACUCAGGACCGAGAUCCCAGGCGGACCUAGCUCGCCAAUUUACUCGACUCCAGCAAAGCGGAGAGCUACUAAAUAUAUGGAGAGCAGAACCGUUCAGGGCCAAGCCAUUCAAGCGGGAGUUAGAGCUGUGGGAUGCUCAUUCUGCUGAAGCAAAAUUCAUUGCCGGGUCUACGAUAUCUGUAGCAGAUUUUGCACUGUGGCCUAUUUUGAAUGAGAUUUCAAUAGAAUGGCCUGAAUUUGGGGGAAAUGAGAAUUUGACCAAGUACUUUGAUUUCAUGAAAAAGCAGGAUUGUGUUGUUAAAGGUGCUGGGCUUGAAAAGGGAAAGGGAGUUUUGGAGAAUGCUAUUUAA